AACAACUGUUGGGGUUGGGGGAGGAGAACUAAAAGUUUUGAUUGUCUAAUCUGUAGUCGGGCAGUUCUAUUCUGUCCUGUAGGGUCACUAUGAGUCAGAAUUGACUCUAUGGCAAUGAGUUUCGUUUUGGUUUGUUUUAAUCUGUAGCCAAGAACUUUUAGAAAAUUUAUCUGGGGAUUCAAAAGAAUUUUGGAUGUUUUUGUAAAAGGUUAUUAUUAAUAUAUUAUUAUUCUACUUUAUUUUCCUUAGUUUAGUUUAUAAAUAUAGCGUUACUAAUAUUUUAUUUGCUGAUUAUUUGUCUCUUUAAUUAGAAUAUAUGCUUCAUGAAAGUAGAGACACGUUUCUUCACCACUGAAUUCAAUAUACCCACAACUGUGCUUGGCACAUAGUAGGUAUUAAGUGAAUACCUGUUUAAUGAAUAAAUAAACAACCUGCCUAAAGCAUAUGCUUCAUUUGGCCUCAAAUGAGCCAAUAAAAUUUAGUUUUUAUGCUACAUCUAAGAGGUGAUCAGUGUCUUUCUACCCAUAAGAGUUAAGACUGUUGAGACUAUGGCGAGAAGCAAUCAAACUACUACAGUGACAGAGUUUCUCUUCUCUGGAUUCCCUCAGUUUGAAGAUGGUAGCCUCCUCUUCUUCAUUCCUUUGUUUUUCAUCUACAUAUUCAUUGUCAUCGGGAAUCUCGUUGUGUUUUUUGCAGUUAGGAUGGAUACCCGUCUCCACAAUCCCAUGUACAAUUUCAUCAGUAUUUUCUCAUUUUUGGAGAUCUGGUAUACCACAGCCACCAUCCCCAAGAUGCUCUCCAACCUCAUCAGUAAGCAGAGGACUAUCUCCAUGAUUGGCUGCCUCUUGCAGAUGUACUUUUUUCAUUCACUCGGAAACUCAGAAGGGAUUUUGUUGACCACCAUGGCUAUAGAUAGAUAUGUUGCCAUCUGUAACCCUCUCCACUACCCGAUCAUCAUGACCUCCCGGCUGUGUGCUCAGCUAUCUGCAGGCUCCUGCAUCUUUGGCUUUCUUGUGUUGCUCCCAGAGAUCGCAUGGAUUUCCACACUGCCCUUCUGUGGCCCCAAUCAAAUCCAUCAGAUUUUCUGUGACUUUGAACCUGUGCUGCACUUGGCCUGUACAGACACUUCCAUGAUUCUGGUUGAGGAUGUGAUCCAUGCUAUUGCCAUCAUCUUCUCAGUACUGAUCAUUGCUCUGUCAUAUAUCAGAAUCAUCAUUGUGAUCCUGGGGAUUCCUUCUGCUGAGGGUCGGCAGAAGGCCUUUUCCACCUGUGCAGCCCAUCUUGGUGUCUUCCUGAUGUUCUAUGGUAGUGUGUCACUCAUGUACCUGCGUUUCUCUGCCACUUUUCCACCAAUCUUGGACACAACCAUUGCACUGAUGUUUGCAGUCCUUGCUCCUUUUUUCAACCCCAUCAUUUAUAGCUUGAGAAACAAGGACAUAAAGAUUGCAAUUAAGAAGCUUCUCUGGCCUCACAAGGUGUUUAAUGCAUCUGUAAGUUAA